UAAGCGUAAACAGCUGAUAGUUGAGUCGGAGGAGGGCAGUGCGGAUGGGGGAGACGACAACUAUCAGGCAUCAUGCGAUUUUUGUCAAGUCUCCUUUGGGCAGCUCUUUUGAUCGAACAGGUUUUAGGUGAAUAUGGCAUGGCACAUUUCAGCGAUGGGGGGAACAGUAAAGGCAAAGAUUACUGCAUAUUCUUCAACUCUCAGUGGGCUCGACUACCUCAGGACCUCAGUAAAGCAGCACGGCUGCAGACUUACGAUCUCACCACCUCUGUGCUGUGCUCCCCCUCUGAUGUACCUGAGGGUGGCUUCCCAAACAGCAUCCCAAUGGUGAUGAGAGGAAAUUGCACUUUCUAUGAAAAAGUCAGAUUGGCCCAGAUCAAUGGUGCCAAGGGACUUCUGAUCGUCAGCAAAGACAGACUGACUCCACCCUCAGGCAACAAGUCCCAGUAUGAAGAGAUAGGCAUCCCAGUGGCCUUGCUAAGCUAUAAAGACAUGUUGGACAUCAGUAAGACGUUUGGAGAGAAAAGGCAGGUGGCCAUGUAUGCGCCCAAUGAACCGGUGGUGGACUACAACAUGGUGCUCAUCUUCCUGAUGGCGGUGGGCACAGUGGCUGUCGGUGGAUAUUGGGCUGGCAGCAGGGACAUUAAAAAACGUUACAUGAAGCACAAGAGGGACGACGGUGCCGAGAAACAAUACGAGGAGACGGUUGACGUCACCCCCAUCAUGAUUUGUGUGUUUGUGGUCAUGUGUUGCUCUAUGCUGGUGCUCUUGUAUUUCUUCUAUGAUCAAUUGGUGUAUAUGACUAUCGCAACGUUCUGUCUGGCAUCUGCCGUCGGUCUGUACAGCUGUCUUUGGCCUUUUGUCCGAAGAAUACCGUUUGGGAAAUGCAGGAUACCUGAGAACAACCUGCCAUACUGUCACAAGCGGCCACAGGUGCGCAUGCUGAUCCUUUCAGCCUUCUGUAUAGCAGUCAGUGUCACCUGGGGAGUUUUCCGCAAUGAAGACCAGUGGGCAUGGAUACUUCAGGAUGCGCUAGGCAUCGCGUUCUGUCUCUACAUGCUGAAAACAAUCCGGCUGCCCACUUUCAAGGCCUGCACUCUGCUGUUGGUCGUGCUGUUCGUGUAUGACGUGUUUUUUGUUUUCAUAACACCACUCUUAACUGAGAGUGGGGAAAGUAUCAUGGUAGAGGUGGCGGCUGGCCCCUCUGAUUCCUCUACUCAUGAGAAGCUUCCCAUGGUGCUGAAAGUGCCCAGGUUGAAUUUUUCUCCUUUGGUCCUGUGUGACCGGCCAUUCUCUCUCCUGGGUUUUGGGGAUAUCUUGGUACCAGGUCUGCUGGUAGCAUAUUGUCACAGAUUUGACAUUCUCAUGCAGACUUCUCGAAUUUACUUUCUGGCCUGCACUAUUGGCUACGGCAUUGGUCUUCUCAUCACAUUUGUGGCUCUGGCGCUGAUGCAGAUGGGUCAGCCUGCCCUCUUAUACCUGGUGCCUUGCACGCUCCUCACCAGCCUUGCGGUGGCACUGUGGCGCAAGGAGCUGCCUUUGUUCUGGACAGGAAGUGGAUUUGUGCCGUCUCCCAUUGUCAUGGAACAAAUCAACUGUACUCAAACCCCAGGACUGCCCACAGAUGAACCCCAGUCCAAUCCUGAGCCGGAAGACUCUGAAACGACCAAUCAGUGUGAGGACCCUCCUCCACCAGCACAAGAGGAAGUUCCGCAUCUUACAGAUGCAUCUACUACAUAAAGACAAGACUCGAAGGAUG